AUGAGCUCAUCCAAAGAAUCGAUAUUAUCUACUCCAGUGUCUGUAUAUGAAAAAGGUUCACCCUCUGGUUCUCUGAAAAAAGAAUCGAGGAAUAUAAAAAAUGAAUUCCCGGUCGAUAUAGAUGCUACAGAUAAAGCGGUCAAAAGAGUUAUAGCACCGUAUCUUCAACGGCAACCGAAAAAACAUGGUAUCCUUAAAACUCAAGAGAAGAAAAGUGCUAUUACACGAUACGAAAUCAAGUAUAAAGCUGAAGAAUUGUUUGGCGACAGAAAAGCUUUUUUAUCUGAUUUCAUAGAUUUGCCAUCCGUAAUGUGGCAGAGUGCAGAUGUACUGAAACUAGUGACAAACUCUACAGGUAUAACACUAUACAUGGUGGAUGAACCAAGGAAUGAAAUAUAUUUAGUACCGAAAGCUAUAUUCAACGAUAGACACAAAGUUAACUGGAAAAUCCAGUUAAAUUCCACUGUAGCAGCUUACGUGGUGUACAAAAAAGAAUACGUGAUGCUGGAGGAUAUUUUGAACGACGACAGGUUCCCGAAUGGUCUAGGAUAUAACGACGGUCUGGUGAAAUCAGUACUGGCAGUUCCCAUAUUGACCCCUGAAGGCGACUGUUUCGGGGUCAUAGAAAUGCACAAGGACAUUUUUUCCGAUAAUUACAACCAUGAAGAUCUAAAAAUAUCCAUAUUGGUGGCAUCUUGGAUGGGAACUGCUAUACACCAAAACAGAGAAAGGGUUGCCCUGCAAAAACAAAAGAAAAUCAACGAGUGCCUUCUGGGUGAUUUUCUGGGCCCGAAUAUUUCCCCACAAAUUAGAUUUUACUGUGUACCGAAAUCAUCACAAACAAAAAAGUUAUCCUCAUUUACAGAUUUGAUAAAAUGCUUCUUCACGAGCGAUCUACCGCUCGCCAAAAUGAUUGGCGAGAUCAUGAAGCUGGCGAAGGUUUCCAUCAAAGCAGAAAAAGGCUGUUUCUUCGUUAUAGAACCCGAAUCUGAAGAAUUACUGGCGGAUAUUUUUGAGGAAGGCAUAGAUGAAGGGAUGUACAAAAAAAAUGUUAAAAUUAAGCUGACACGCGAUAGAGGGAUAGCAGGGCUGGUGGCUAGACAAAAAAUCACGAUCAAGUUGAACGAUAUGUACAGAGAUUCGAAGAAUAAGGAGAUUGAUGAUAAAACAGGUUUUAUAACUAGGUGUAUUAUGUCAACGCCCAUUCUUAGUGGUGGUGAGGUUAUUGGUGUGGUUCAGGUGGUGAACAAAUCUGAACCGUACGAGCAUUUUACAAGAACCGAUGAAGAUUUGUUCAAAGUUUUUUCUGUGUACUCAGCUCUUGCCCUACAUUUCGACAAACUAAGGCAGAGCGUCACCAAAAAUGUGGUUUUAAACAGGUUAUACACAGAUAUAUUGUUGAGGCAUAUAGGGCCAUGCUAUCAUGAUUUAGAGAAUUUGAACAGCAAUUUAGAUGUCCAAAUACCUGAAGAUUUUGACAGUUGGUCCUACCAAAUGAAUGAUUCGGAAUAUAUGCCACAACGAAUAAUAUAUAUGUUCAAAAAGGUGAUCGGUUUGAAUUAUUUACAUUCCACCAAACUGAAUGAAUUUGUGUUGACUGUAAAGAAGGUCCACACCAACAACUAUUACCACAACAUAGAGCAUGCUUUUUUGGUGACACACUGCGUAUACAACAUUCUCAUUAGAAACGAUAUCUUCACCAAAAUUGAGCAGAUGGGGCUCAUGAUAGCUGCCCUUACACACGACAUUCACCAUAGAGGUGUUACCAAUAGAUUUUUACACGCCACCAAUGACAAUUUGUCACAACUCUACAACGAAUAUCCACAACAGAAUAACAACUUCAAAAUAACCAUGACAAUCCUGGAACAUUGCCAGCUAUUCAAGAACGUUACCCCAGACGAACAAACAGACAUUUACAACGAAAUCAAAGCAAACAUUAUAUCUACAGAUUCUUCAGCAUUUUUCAAAUGCAAACAAAACUUGGCCGACAAAAACUUAAAAACUUUCGAUCUUAAAAAUGAAAUCAACAGAGACCUUCUCAAAACUUUGAUAAUGUACUCAUCGGAAAUCUGUUGUGCAGCAAGACCAUUCAUGGUGGCAAAAUAUUGUUUAAACAACCUACUCAAAGAACUGUUCGAACAAAGCGACAAAGAAAUAGAUUUGGGUUUCAGCCCCAUAUCACUAGCCAAUAGGGACAAGGAGUUCUUCAAAGUUCACAACAGCUUAAAAUUCCAAACUGUGAUAGUCAUACCAUGUUACGAGAUGUUACUUCGGUACCUACCGAAUACCAGAGUACUUCUCACUGAAGCCAUUAGAUUAAGAGAAGCAUUCAGAGAGAUAUUGGAAAUGAAGGGUGUGAAACAUUGGAGACCGUUCGAAUCAAUCGUUUCGAAAGGGAAUUAA